CUGGAUUAUAAAUGAGCUUGGUCUGGCAACAACUCUUUUUCACCGACCACUUUGAGCGUGUAGCACGCGUGUCAUCGGACGCUGGUUGCGUAACACAAGGCAUUCGAGAUGGGGCGUAUGCACUGUAGUGGCAAGGGCAUCUCCCAGUCGGCACUGCCAUAUCGGCGGAGUGUGCCCACAUGGCUCAAGCUCACCCCUGAUGAUGUCAAGGAGCACAUCUACAAGUUGGCCAAGAAGGGCCUCACCCCAUCCCAGAUUGGUGUCAUCCUUAGGGACUCUCAUGGUGUGGCUCAGGUGCGCUGGGUGACUGGCAACAAGAUCCUGCGCAUCCUGAAGGGCAAGGGCCUAGCCCCUGACCUUCCAGAGGACUUGUACUCACUGAUCAAGAAGGCUGUGGCCAUCCGCAAACACUUAGAGCGCAACCGCAAGGACCGCGACUCCAAGUUCCGUCUCAUUUUGGUCGAGAGCCGAAUCCACAGGCUGGUGCGCUACUACAAGGCGAAGCGUAUCCUGGCUCCCACCUGGAGGUACGAGUCCUCCACAGCUUCGGCCCUUGUUGCCUGAGCUGCCAUUAAAAGAUUGCUUUCAUGCCA